CAUGAUGAAGAUGGAUUAAAAUUUAGGUUGUCCAAGCAUAGUGUGCAUACGCUGGGAUAAAACCGAGGAGCAAUCUCUUGGAAUUGUUGACAUAGCAGGGUAUUUUAAACUGGCUGACUGCGUAUAGUUGUAGUUGUAGUGAUGUCGCCCAUGGUGGAUGAGACUGCGGGGGAUCUCCCAGUAAGAGACGUGGGUCUGAUGAGGGGAGGCCUCAUGCCUGCUCACCCAGAUGCCAUAUGCAAUGUGAAGCCAUGGAAGAAGCAUCACAUCAUGAUUUCAAAAGAUCCUCAGAGGCUAUUUCGCCUCCCCAGGGACCAACUGGAGGAUCUUUGCCUCCACAUGCAAGAAGAGAACGUUGUGCUGAGAAAGCACACACAAGCACAGGAGCAAAAGAUGCGCAGGAUGUCUACCAGACUGAUGCGGCUCCAUCAGGCGCGCCCGGGGUCCGGCGGUGCCAAGGAGAAGGAAAUGGAGGAUGCCCUGCAGGAACUGGAAACCCGCUUGGCCACGCUGGAGAGCCAGAAAGUUGUUUUGCACAACAAACUCAGCCUUGCCAAGCAGCACAUUCUCGACCUGGGUGGUCGCACUCCGUGCAGGUUCAGCAAAGGUAAAAGCGCAGAAGUGGACGGGGGAGUCAGGAGGGCGACCCACACAGCCCCGCCUCGCGACUGUCCUACAAUGGAGGACACCAGAGGAGACAUGGAAAAAUUCAGUGUGAGCGAGCAGACGAGGGUGAUGGAGCUAGAGCUGACCACCCGGACCCUCCGGGACACUCUCCGAGAAAAAGAGAAAGAGAUGGAGGGAACCGUGAGCGAGAUGAAGAGGCAACAGGCGGAGAGGCACAAGAUAAACAUCCGAGAGAACGUGGAUGUGAUCUGUCUCCAAAAGCAGCUUUCUGAGAAGAGCGUCACCUUGAGGGUCACGCAGGAGAAGAUUGCUGAUCUGCAAAAGUUCUAUGAGAACCAGCUAGAGGAGAGUCAGAGGUCCCUGAGGGAAAGUCAGACUCUUCUUCUGGAGAAAGCGGAAGAGCUGAGCGAGCAGCUGAAGCAGGAGAGGGACAGAGCACUGACACUCGAAGCUCAACUCACAACUGCCAACCUGUCUCUUCAAAACCUGGACAAGCUACAAGAGCGUAUAAAAGACCUGGAGGGAGAGAAGGAAAGGAUAAAAGAAAACUACGACGACCUACUUGAGAGUACUUUAUCUACUUACAACAGCCAUGACGGCAACAUGGACAAACACAGGGAGGUCAUUGUGCAUCGGGAGGAGCCGGAGGACAGCAUCUGCAGGGUGGACAUUCAGCUCCUGACGGAAAUGCUGCAAACCGAGAAGGAGCAGAGAAGCAGACUGCAAUCAGAGACUGAGAAGCUCAGACAUGAGAAGGAGAUACUGGAGGAGCAACAUAAGGAACAUCUGGAAGAGGAGGUUCUCCAGUACAAAGAACAAAUGUCUGGCCUACAAAACAGACUGGACUCUGUCACCAAGGUGUUUGACAUGAGUGCUGAAGAGCUCAGUGAGACGCUUUUACAGAUCAAGGCCUUCCGGAUGCAGCAGGAGAGCAGGGAGGGUUUACGCUUCCUUGAGCCUGAGGGCACGAGGGAGGACCUCCAGCUGACUAACAUCCAGGCAUCACACGCCGAGACUGUGCUGGAGUUGCAGAAAACCAGGAGCCUCCUUUUGCUGGAGCACCGUAUCAGUAAAGACCUUCAGGGGGAGUUGGAGACAAUGAAGAAAAGGUUGGAGAGAGAGGAGAAGGAGGUGAGGAUGGCAACGGCAGAGAAAGACAAUGUUUUAUCCAAAAGAGCUCGCCAGAUCAACACUUUACAAGCCCAGUUGAAAGCCUUUGCAUACAGUACCAAGAACCACAAAGGGACCAUGCCAGUACAGUACACGUGGCCAGCAGGGGACCAGGAAGUAGUCCAGCCCUUUGAGGAUGACAUUUUGUGUGCUCCGCUGAGGCUUGGAGAGUCCCUCUUGGAACUCCACAUCAAGGCUGCCACCUUUACCCCAGGCAGCCUUCGGAAUAUGGGCAACCUUUACGGAGACCAAGCUGAAGACAUGGUGACCUUCUGCACCUACAGCCUUUUGGACUUUGAAGUUCACUCCACGCCUCUGGUUGGGGGAAGCCAACCCAAGUAUGGCUUCACCUCCCGCUACGCUUUGACAGCCCGUGAUCUGGGGAGGCUGCGAGUUCAGGGCUCAAGGGUCAGAGUGGAACUCCACCAGGCAAUGGGAGGUGUCCGCUUUGUGACUCACGGAAGUGGCCACUUGUCCCUCAUAGGUGCCAUGGAGAGGAAAGGGGAGCGCAUGAAUGGUUAUGUCAAUAUCACAGGCUCUGAGGGGGAAAUAGUCGGUGUUGUGGAUUUCUGGGCGUGCUUGUUCCCACCCGCAGAGCCCAGUGAGGGCGUGGCGAUGAGAGACAGUGACGGGAACACAGCAACACAGACAAUACCAACUCACAUCACUCUGGGCUGGCGAGAAGGCAGCCACGCAGAGUUGUACGACUACGGCGGCGGGAUCCCCAACGAGCUGCUGCUGCUGCUGGAGCACUGCGAGGGCCUCCGUGGGCAAUGGCCAGGGAUACUUCCUGAUGCAUACCUGACCUACAGGCUCUACGACCUGCAGCCACACGUGUCCAAAACUGUCCGGGGCGCUGCAGACCCGAUAUUUCACGAUACCGCCAGCUACCCACUUGCGGUCACAGCAGAUGUGCUGCACUACCUGCGGUCAAGCAGUCUUUGGGUGUAUGUGUUUGAUGAUAGCGAUGACCAGAUCCCACCAGCCUACCUAGCGAAAACACCCAUCCCACUGAGAGCACUGGCUACAGGCAAGGAGAUCACGGGCGACUAUGUGUUGCGCGAUCCAGCCGGGGGUCCUCGGGGCACGGUCAGUGUGCUGAUUAAAUGGAAAUACCCCUUUCAAUCGCCAGCAUAUGCCAUAGGAAGCAGUGAGAGGAGACGAGAAGAAACGCAAGGGUCGCAGAGGCCCAUAGCCAAGCCCAGAGUAAAGCAACUUGGGCCAGGAGAAACCAGAACAAGACAGAAGAAGACAAAUGCUUGUCCUGCCCCCGACUCCAUAAAACCAGACAGGACGAAGAGAUCCGAUAGGAGGUCACUUGGCCUACACGACAAGGGACCCCCUAUUUCACUGACCGCGUCUUCUGAUUUACCACCGAUGUCAAAAUCUCAAGAAACCUCUUUCACGGAGUCACGGUUCAGAAAAAGCUCUGCUAGUGAGACUGGUACUCGGAAUAUUCCCUCUGUGGAUGUUGUUUCAGUGGAUGAAGUGGAGGAGUUGGAGGAAGAGACAAAAGAUGAUGUGAGCGAGAGUGCUACUGAAGAACGGUCAGAGUCUUCAAAUACAUCAACAAGCGACCACCUCAUUAUUCCGCCCAGACAAAAGACAAGACAGGGCCACAAACUGAGAGUCGAGAUACUGUCUUUGACCUUUGAACCCUCCUCGCACGUGGCGUUGGACAACUCGGUGCAGCGCGUGUAUGUGGAAUAUCGGCUGCUGGGCGUCCCCGUGGAGACCACGGAGACGCCCGUGUCCCUCCGCAAGCCCACUGCGGGGGAGGAGAUUCACUACAACUUCACACGAGUCAUCUAUGUGGACGGUUCACUGUCAGUUCCACUCAGACAGUAUCUGUACACCAUGUUGGAGGGCACUGACCCCAAUAAGGGCCGGUUAAAGUUCACAGUUGUCAGCGAGCCAAUGGACGACGACGAAGAAUGUGCGGAUGUCGGCUAUGCUUUUCUGGAUCUGCAGGAGCUGCUGCUGACAGGAAACGAUGUCAUUGAACGGCAAAUUGACAUUGUGCGUGUGGAUGAAGAACAGGAGGUGAUUGGAUUCUUGAAAGUGUCACUGAAGGCAGCGAAAGCCCUGAGCUGUAUUUACAAGGAGUUGCACCGGCCAGAGGACGCUGAGGAUGACGGCGAGCACGAAGAAAAGCAGGAGGAGAAAGUGGAGCAGAUGGAGACAAAUCAUAUUAAAGUCAUAGAAAAUCAUGACAGUGACUUCUAAGCAGAAAGAGUGUCUGAAUACAGAUUUUAUAAACCUUGUGUACGAUUUUGAUUCUUGUUGGUUAGUGUACUGCAUGUGACUCAACAGCACUGAAUUAUUGAAGCCUUUCCCUUGGUUAUUUCACUGUUAAUGUUGAAGGUUACGUAAUAAAUCAUUGGAAGUAGAACAAUUA